AUGUCCAUAUCGCGUUCCGGUGGUCAAGGGACGAGCGAAGUUGGCAAUGUCGAUUUCCUUAGGAUCUGCGAUGGCCUAUGCUACGACUUAUCGUCUCUACAAGAGCUCGCCUGUCGUGGCGCAUGGAGAUCGGUUCUCGAUAAAGUCGCUCAAGCACGUUCCAAAUCUCUCCUCUCUAAACCUCACGAACAUCUCAUUUAUCUUUCCUACAACGCCAUUGCUCUGACUAAACUCCGCCGUUUCUCUGAAGCAGUCGCCGAGCUCGAUUUGGUGGAAAAAGGCCUCGAUAUUUACAGGUACGAAACUUAUCCACAUCAUUACCCUAAUCGACAUGGCUCCAUGGCCCCUUUUGUCCUCCGUUGGUUGCACGCUGAACUACCUUCCAAAUUAGGAAGACGUCAAGAAACUUUAGAUCGAUUCUACUUGUUACUACAGUUCAUUAGGGAAAAAUUAACAAAAAAUUUGCCGAAUGCGUCACGUCAAGUGUGGAGCAAACGCGAGGGUUUGGUGAUUAAUUCGAUAAUCAGUCAUCAAUUAUGUCAUAAAGAGUUCGGAGUGUGUUUGGAUUUGAUGAAAGACUUGAUUAAACGUGAUUCAACUCCUAUAGCUCGAGCAAUUCUGAUGGCGAAGCUAGGGUACAUCCAAAUGCAAUAUGGGGAUCUGGAAGGUGCCAGGGGAACUUUUGGUGUGAUUGAGGGGAUUGUGAAUGAUGGAAAUGGAGAAAUUGAGAUGAAAAAUCUUGUGAAUAGGAAUAAAGCGUUGAUGUUUAUGGUUGAAAAAGACUAUGUGUCUGCUGUGAGGGAGUAUCAGGAGUGCAUAGAUAGAGAUGGAUCAGAUGUUGUUGCUAUUAACAACAAGGCACUUUGCUUGAUGUAUAUGCUAUGUAUGAGUUGGCUUAUGUUAAUCAUUCGGAUAUCAAGAAGACACUUAGCAGUUGGAUUGCUCGUGUGGCACCUGAUGAUUUUGAUACUUCGAGUACUCGCAUAUGAGGCAUUUGUUGAUCAGAUAACAAACCCUAAAAGCUGGCAUAUAUUUUUCAUCUGGAAGAAAUUUAAGAAUCAUUUGUUCCACUGAAGAAUUGGGAUCUAUAAAAGUUUCAUUAAUGUAACUCAUUUGGUUGAUGAAAUGAAAUAUAACUUAUUAUUUUGUUAUUUUCUAAAUGGAAU